AUGCUGACAAAAUGCCCAUUGAAGGUGAUAAUAGAAGAAAAGAAGGAGUUCAAUUACUACAAGCCAGGAUACUACCUGAUUAGUGGAAUAACGUCAGGAAUGAUUUCUCAACUCUACCCAUAUAUUUUCUCCAAGCCGCCAACCCACCGAUUGAAAACGGAGUUGACCAGCUUCUACCACAUCCUGCCCUUUCUUUUGACUGUUCGUGAGAUCAACCAGAAUCCAAAGCUCUUACCCAACAUCACCCUGGGUUACAAUAUCUAUGAUAAUUUUUUUAAUGCAAGGAUACUAUAUGAGGCCAUGCUGGACUUGCUGUCUACAGGGCAAGAGAAUGUCCCAAACUACAGAUGUGGAAGACAAAGGAACCUGCUGGCAGUUCUUGAAGUGAUGGAUUCUGAACGGUUUGAUCAUAUUUCUACUGUCUUGAGCAUCUAUAAAAUUCCACAAAUCAACUAUGGUGCUAUCAGCCACAUUCCUGAGAAAAAUCAUCAUUUCCCUUUUUUCUACCGAGUGACCCCUAAACAAGAACCUCCUAACUCAGCCAUUGUCCAAAUGCUCCUGCAUUUCCGGUGGACGUGGAUCGGCCUCCUUUCUCAGGACAAUGAAAGAGGAGAAAACUUUAAGAGAAGCUUGGAAACUCUAGCUGUAAAAAAUGGGGUUUGCAUUGUCCUCUCAGAAACCAUCCCUGCAACAAAUAUGGAUAUAAGUUUUGGAAAAAUGUUCAUGAAAAGAAAAAGGCAAAAGCUUUUUUCUCUUAUCAACAGUCAAAUAAAAAUUAUAGUUUGGCAACUGGAUUUUCAGGCCACAACAAUACUAGCAGGAUUAAUACAAACGUCUGGAAGGAAGAAUGCAUCCGUUGCGGGGAAAGUGUGGAUUGCUACAACUUUGACAGAUAUAAGUAUAACAAUGUUUUACUACGUGGUGGAUCUCCAACAUAAACAUGCUUUGCUUUCCUUCCUCACCCAGACAAAGGCAAGGAAACCAUACCAUGACUUUAAUUCAUAUUCUUCUGCUCUCUUUCAAUUUGGAAAGGAAGCGUUCCUGUGUUCCUACACAAAGGCGGUGAAGUCUAAGAAAGUUUGGGAAAGAUGCCAAGAAAAAGAGAACUGGGAAUUCCCGCUCCAUGAUGUGGUUGCAAGAAUGCAGUCUGAGGAUGCCACCGCUAUUUCCAAAGCAAUCCGAGCUGUGUCCUUGGCCCUCAAUGCUGCCUUUUCCUCCCAACUGAGUAAAAGGAGGAUGCAUGUUGGAGACCAUCAGUCACCUCAGAUUUUGCAGCCAUGGCAGCUUCAUCAGUUCAUGAGAAACUUCCAGCUUCAGAAUAUUUCUGGGGACAGAGUUUAUUUGGAUGAAAAUGGAGUUCCUGCUGCUGACUUUCACAUCAUCCACUGGACAGUUUUUCCUAACAAGUCUACUGCUGGGGUGGAGGUUGGAAGUGUAGAAAGAGAAGCCUCCUCAGAAGUCAAGGUCUCCAUCAAUCAGAGCGCUAUCCAAUGGCCAACAUCAUUUCACAAGAUGGUGCCUUCUUCGAGAUGUGCAGAAAGUUGUUAUCCAGGAUAUGCCAAGCUCAUAAGAGAAGGAGCACCAAUUUGCUGCUAUGACUGUUCUCUGUGUAUGGAUGGAACUUUCUCUAUGCAAGAAGAUGCAGCCCAUUGUGAAAAGUGUCCAGAUGACCAGUAUUCCAAUAAGAAGCGAGAUCAGUGUGUCCCCAAAAGUAUAAGCUUCUUAUCCUAUGAAGAAUUAUUGGGAUACAUCCUGGCUUUUAUUGCCAUUGCUUUGUCCCUAACCACCGCCUUUAUUCUGGGAAUCUUCAUUAAAUACCGAGAAACUCCCAUAGUCAAAGCUAACAACCGGGACCUUACCUACCUCCUCCUGGUUUCACUCCUACUUUCUUUCUUGACCUCCCUUCUGUUUAUUGGUCAUCCCAAGAAAGUGACCUGCCUUCUUCGUCAAGUCACCUUCAGUUUCGUUUUCUCAGUUGCCGUCUCUUCCUUGCUGGCAAAGACUAUUAUGGUGGUAGUUGCAUUUUUGGCUACAAAGCCAGGAAGCAGGAUGAGAAAAUGGCUAGGGAAAACUCUGGGGAACUCCAUUGUCUUGUCCUGUUCUGGAUUUCAAGUGGGAAUCUGCAUGAUAUGGCUAGGAAUCUUUCCCCCAUUCCCAGAUUCUGACUUUCUUUCCCAACCAAGACACAUCCUGCUGCAGUGCAAUGAAGGCUCAGUCUCCAUGUUCUAUUCUGUCCUUGGCUAUAUGGGCUUUUUGGCUGCCAUCUGCUUCGUGGUGGCUUUUUUGGCCCGAAAACUGCCAGGGACUUUCAAUGAAGCCAAGUGGAUCACCUUCAGCAUGCUGGUCUUCUGCAGUGUUUGGAUCUCCUUUGUCCCCACCUACCUGAGUACCAAAGGGAAAUAUAUGGUGGCUGUGCAGAUCUUCUCCAUCCUGGCCUCCAGCCUGGGUUUACUAGGCUGCAUCUUUGUCCCCAAAUGCUACAUCAUUAUUCUAAAAUCUGAAUUGAACACCAAGGAGCAUCUAAUACAAAAAAGAGAAUGA